UUUUUUUUUUUUAAGUAAACCAAAUUCAUCAUUUUUGUUCAAUCAAACACGACGUAACGUCAAAUCUGAACGACCUUAAAACAAACGUUAAUUUUACAACCAAGAAUGGCCCAAAACUGGACGGGAAAAGAGUUUGGUACCUGGAAGUGGAGCAGAGAAAGACCUCUUAAAAUCUUGUCAUCAGAUAUGCUCUGCAACAUCGUUUAUCAUUAUUCUGAGCCGCAGCACCUUUAUCGUUGCCCAUUCAUUAACGCCACGCCUUGAGAGGAAGAUGUUGCAAAAAAGAUAACAUUUGAUAUAAUCAUGCGUGUUCUACUAGUUAUCUCCGUUUAGCAAGCCUCCAGGUGGAUAUCAGCACUGAGGUCACACUCGGUGUGAAAGCGCACGCAAAGGUGCCUGACAGAAAGAGAAACCUCGUCUAACAAUUUUGGACACAAUGGCACCUCAUGCCGUGGUUCAGGCCAUCAUCGACCUCUCAGCUGGAGCGAUAGGUGGGGCCGCAUGUGUCUUCAGUGGACAACCUCUGGACACAGCCAAGGUCAAGAUGCAGACCUUUCCCACACUGUACAGGGGCUUCAUCCACUGCAUCAUGUCUACAUACAAACAAGUUGGCAUCCGCGGUCUCUACCAGGGAACCUCGCCGGCUCUGAUGGCUAACAUUGCUGAGAACUCUGUGCUCUUCAUGAGCUACGGCUUCUGCCAGCAGUUUAUCCGCUUCACGGCAGGACUGCGCAGUGAUGCCGUGCUGAGUGACAUGCAGAAAGCUUGUGCCGGCUCCGUGGCGUCCAUCUUCUCUUCACUGGUCCUCUGCCCUACGGAGCUCGUCAAGUGCCGUCUGCAAGCUAUGUACGAAAUGGAGGCGUCGGGCAAGAUUGCAAGGAGUCAGAACUCGGUGUGGUCUGUGGUGAAAUCCAUCAUGAAGAACGAGGGUCCACAGGGCUUCUUCCAGGGCCUGACCACAACCAUUGCCAGAGAGGUUCCUGGCUACUUCUGCUUCUUUGGUGCCUACGAGUUAUGCCGCAGUGCCUUUGCAGACUACAUGAAGUGUGAAAAAGAUGACAUUGGCGUGGCUCCGAUUGUUUUCAGCGGGGGUUUCGGAGGGGCGUGUCUGUGGCUAGUGGUCUACCCCAUGGAUUGUGUCAAGUCUCGCAUCCAGGUCAUGUCCAUGACGGGCAAGCAGGGCGGCUUUUUCAAAACCUUUAUGACCAUCGCACGAACUGAAGGUAUUCGAGCACUGUAUUCCGGGCUCACUCCCACCAUGGUCCGCACCUUUCCUGCUAACGGAGCACUUUUCCUGGGCUAUGAGGUCAGCCGCAAGGUCAUGAUGAAGCAGUUUGAUGGCUGAGUUGCACAUUUUUAAAUAAGUAAGGAAGGUGCAGCGGGCAAGACCUCAAUCAAACUCUGUGAUGAGGAAAUCAUGUUUGCUGGUCUAGUUCAUCUCCAUUACUUUUUAACUUAAACAUUGUGUUUACAUUUUUGAAAUCACAAUGUUAAUUUAUUUUUAGAGCUAACAGUUGUUUGUUUCCUUCACUGCCAAUAUUUCUGAGACAGCUAUUCUACGUGGUCUUGUCCACACCACAUCCUCGCCUACCUCAGUGUUGUGAAAUGCACAAAAAAUAUACAGUAUUAUUUUAAGCCUUUCUAAGCAACAUAUGCACACACAUGAAAAUAAACAAAACACUCCUUUUUAAGGCAUGAUGGUUUUCGAGGCUUCAAACAGACCAAAUCUGUUCUGGGGUCUAAUGAGGACACAGACUUGAUCGACCUUUUAGUACAAGAAAAUUCAAUAGAUGAUUGAUAUGUUUUUAGAAAUUGAGUUAUUUAUAUCCUAGUUUUUCAUUGUUAUUCUUUUUGACUGAGUAGUUCCAAACUAACUGACUGGUGUCUUGGAUUUCAAUAAUAGUUUUGCCAAACCAAAUUAAUUGAACUAAACUUAAUAACACUCCAUGUUUUGCCUUUCAUUAUUUUGUUUCUAUUGCUACCCAUGUGGUAUUCGCACUCCAUGUACAGGGUUGUGCCACGAGCAAUCUCGCAUCCAUGUUAAGAAAGAUGUUUUAUUAAGAAAAUGCCAACAUUGGAACUCUAAACAUAUUGCUUUAUUUAACUACUUUGAUAUUGUAGUUUAAUAUCCAUAUUAAACUUUUCACUGAAACA